AAAAAAAAAACCUGCGAGGCACGUGCACCUUUAUUUACUUCACGUGACAUGCAAUCUCCUAACUACAUGUCUUCAAUCAAUACAACUGCAGAUUGCUAUAACCAUGUAUCGUAGCUGAUCCUGAAGCAGAAACGAUCUUUGAUCUAGCCAAUUUAUCCAGCACUGCCACUUUGAGACUGUUGCUGUGGUACUGAGUCAAAAUUACAUAUCAUUAAUAUAUAUGGGCGUGAAGAAUCUAUGGGACGUGUUUCAGGAGAACGGUGAAGAAGUUUGCAUAUCGCAACUCAAUGAGGAGUGCUUGCGAAAGCACAAGCGCAAACUUCGCUUAGCUGUUGAUGCUGACCUCUGGCGAUACCAUAAUAGAUACAGGACAUCUACUUCUGGCAGUCGUGCUUCUCAAAAAGCCCAAGAGCAGCGGACGUGCUUUCUUCGCCUUAACAGUCUACUCAAAGCUCACGUUGAUGCAGUCUUCGUGUUUGAUGGACCCCAAAAGCCAGAGUUUAAACGCAAUAAGCGCGUCCCCAUCACCAAUCCUAUGGAUUUUCGAUGGAUGAAAAAUUUAAUCAGCGAUUUUGGUUUUACUUGGAUUCAAGCACCUGGCGAGGCGGAGGCUCAAUGUGCUCUGCUUGAGAUGAAGGGGUUGGUUGACUUCGUGCUCACAGAUGAUGUUGACGCUCUAAUGUUUGGCUGCCGCAACCUACUAAGGAGUUCCUCUAAUUCAGGAUUGGGCUCAAAAGAAUCACCGGCAGCUCUGUUUGCCACUGCAUUCAGGAUUAGUCCGAAUGACAGUAGAUAUCUUACCAGACCAGGCAUAGUUUUGACUGCAAUGAUGUCUGGUGCUGACUAUUGUCCAGAAGGUGUCAAGGGCUGCGGUAUCAAAACCGCCAAAGAAAUAGCCAAGGCCGGGUAUGGCGAAAAGCUGAUUGCGUGUGACUGGCUUCCAUUGAAAUUACAAGACUGGAAAGCUGAACUAGAAAGAAAUCUGCGGAACAACGAGAACAACGAGUUCAGCAACAAGCACAAGGCAAUCGUUUUUGAUGAGUCUUUUCCCUCAAGGGAUCUUUUUGAAUCUUACAUGAAUCCUGCUGUUGCACUUCCUACAGAACCUAUAGAAUGGGGCAAGAAACCGAUCAUUAUCAAUCUUCAUCAAUUCUCAAGCUCGUGCAUGAACUACACUCUGCAACAAUUUGUCAGUUGUCUGGCGCCAGCAAUCGCCAUCGGCCAGCUAGCCGGUGGCAAUACAUCCAUAGUCAAAAUCCAUGGAACUCGGGUGCAUGACCGUUUACAACUGACGGAAGUCCGCACAUCCAUGUAUUACUGUCAAGUUAUGGCAGCAGUAGUGGAUAGUGAGAAGUCAAAUAUGAUUUCAGAACUGGAAUCCGAGGACCAGCCCCGCAAGCUCUGGGUCGCUGAAUACAUAUUUAUGCAGUCUGAAAGUGGUAAAGGCGUGCUUGAAGAUUACCGCAGUUCUCUCUUUGAAGCUACAAAGACGCGAAAAUCCAAACGCCUGCCUGAACAGAAAACCAAUUUGGAUAUGCUUUGGAAAGGGAAAGCAGGGAAAUCGAACUCAGAAGAGCGGAACAAAACAUGCAAGGAAAAUAUCAAGCCCAGAACUAAGGAAAUUGUGGAGAAAACGAGGACUGAAACCAAGCCAUUGUCUCUUCCUUCAGCACUAAGUUUUUGUGAGAUGCCCUCUACUCCCGGAAGCAUUAUAAAUCUAUCUUCCUCGCCCUCGCUGUCAUCUUCACCGCCUUCUCAUUCUCAGCAUAUUAUUUCUACGCCUAUCUCUCCACUUAGGCCGGUGUUUAGACGUGUUAUCGAUUUGAGCGAUGAUGAUUAAUGAUGAAUGCAUAG